AAACAACGUUCAACGAAACCACGUAGUGAAGUGAACAAAUAAUUGUAUUUGAGUACCGAUCACAAAGCUUUAUUUAUAUUGUUUUGAUGCUCAAGAUAUAAUAAUACAUAAAAUUACUUGAUUGUAUGUUUUUCCAAUCCAACUAAAAACUUAAACAAUUUGUUGUGAAUCAGUAAUACAACAAUUAUUUGUUAAUUUCACUCAGCAGUCACUUUAUAAGCAUCUUAGUAUGAAUGUUUUAUCACUUGGAUUUUUCUCAUUAUUCAUGACAUUGUUAUUCGAGGUAACUGAAUGCAAAUCUGCUCAGAAAAAUACGUCGGAUGCUUUGAAUGAGUUAUUUGGAUGUCUUGAUAACAGUUUAUCCAAUAAUUUUCAUAAUAAGUGUGACGAAAACAUAGCAUAUGGAGUAAAUGUAGCUAUAGGUCAAUUGAAGAGCAUUUUGAAUGUCUUAGAAACAGACAGCAGCCAAUUCAAAAAGGUUCAUGGAAUACAAGAGUUAGCCGCAAGGGUCUUGGAGAAAUUGAAAAUAAAAUGUGACUCUACUCUUUUUCACAGAUCAUUAACAUCACCUAUAUGGGAGACUGAUAUGAAUCCACAGAUACUAUUCACAUCAUCAAGAGACUUUGAGCUCUUCUAUGAAAGAGAAGUCUCCAGGAUUAUAUCGCUCAGUGAAGGCGAAUUAUUACUUAGUGGUCAUCCAAAUGAGAUUGAGUCGAACAACUGCUUGAUAGCUCUCAACAACAAUUGUGCUAUCAACCGAAAAUGUCUAGAAGAAGAAACUGAGUCUGAAAAUACUGGAUACUCUUUGACUCAUCAAAUAAUUUACUGGCAAAACUUCAGGCAGAUGGAAUGUUCAAAGGAAUAUGAUGGACUUAUCAAGAAUAUCAUAAAAGAGAAAUGCCGUAGAGUUUAUGCUCAGCAAGUUUAUAUUACAAGACGCUACAAUCUUGACUCAAAUACUUUCGAUUUGUUCACUGAACAAGUGGCAGUUUGCGGUAUGGAAGGCUUUGAAGAAUUUUUGAAUGAGGAAAAUAGAAAAAUAAUAAUCAAUAAUCAGAUGACCUGCGGUUGCUACAAAUUUAUAGGAGAUUCGAGUAAUGCUAAGGAGCUUCAGUCAUCCUGUAGGUAUGACGCUCAUCUUACGUCAGUUGCCGCUUUAGCUUUGACAGUUCACUUGAAGUAUGAAAUUAUAUUCUAAUACGAGGAUAUAUUCAUUUCACGGCCAGACUACCUUCAAAUAUCUCUAUUACGGUACUAAAUAUCACUAUCCAUAGAUCACACAAUAGUUGAUGGAUGUUCAUAAAUUCUUGUUGAGACGAGUAUAAGGAGAAGCUAUUAAAUAAAGUGCAUUCAAAAAU